AUGGAGGGGAACGGUGGGGCGGGUCGGAGCCUGGGAAAGAUGCAAAUUUUGUGGUUCUUGGUGGUUGGCAGGGGUUUGGGGGCAGCCCAAUUUAAGCUCCAUAACUCAGACCGCAGCGUAAAAGGAAUUAGUUCAGCCGAGGGAGAUGCUCCUCUUUCUUAUCGAACAUGAGAAUCAGAGAUUUGA